GGCAGCAGUAUAGAUAAGCUCUUUGCUUACAUGAAUAGGUAUGUUACGCUGGUAGCAGACAAAACAGAGGUUCAGAUUUUGGUGUGGUUACGUGAUGUUCUUAGUGUUGUAAAUCGAGCUAACGAUUGCCGAUGCCGGCCGGGAAACUGUUUUGAAAGGUCUGUGUGCUGCAUCAGUUGCAGCCCAGCCAUAGAGAUAGAUAUAUAUAUAUAUAUAAAAAACGUUAGCUCACACUCAACAGAAACAUCAUCAUGGCAGCGGAGUGCGAUGUGUUCUCUGAAAUCGAAGUGCUGCAGUCUAUCUAUCUGGAUGAACUGCUGGUCAGCAGGAAAGAAGACGGGGGAUGGGAGGUGAGCCUGGUCCUGUACCCGUCCACAGCGGAGGACUCUGUCUCCCAGUUUGUUCGACUCACUCUGACUUUGACCCUUGAUCAGCAGUAUCCCUCGUCUUCUCCAGCCAUCUCCAUUCAUCACCCACGGGGGCUUUCUGAUGACAAGAUCAGCAGUGUCCAAAAGUGUCUUCAGUUGGAGGCUCAGUCUUGUCUGGGUUCACCAGUGUUGUAUCAGCUCAUUGAGAAAGCAAAAGAAAUCCUGACUGAAAGCAAUAUUCCUCAUGGAAACUGUGUCAUUUGCCUCUAUGGCUUUAAGGAGGGAGAGACGUUCUCCAAGACGAGCUGCUACCACUACUUCCACUCCCACUGCCUCGGCCGCUACGCUCGCCACUCUGAGAGGGAGCUCCGCCAGAGGGAGAAGGAGUUGGAGGAGGACAAGACCAGGGAGAGAACAGACUAUCAGGAGCUGACUGUGGUGUGUCCGGUGUGUAGAGAGCCUCUAACGUAUGAUGUGGAUCAGCUUCUGUCCUCCCCCGCCCCCCAGCUGCCCGAGCUGGACAAAGCAGCGAUUGGUUCAAAUUUUCAACAGAAGUGGUGUGAACUCCAGAAGGUUUUGGAAAGACAGAGGUCUAAAGGUGGGAUCAUUGACCCGGAGGUGGAAUCCAAUCGCUUUUUCAUCCAUACCAACGAGACUCCAUCUGCUGCUGAAAACGGAAACCUGGACACAGAUGUCUCACCUGGACCCCCGGUACUGUCUGCUUCUAAUGUUUCCUCUUACGAAACUGGUGUCAGAGCAGAGCAGUUUGCUCCUGGACUGUCCCACUGCAGAGGCGCUCAGGGCCAGAGGCGUCCGAACCAGGCGAGGGGGCCGAGGAGAGGAGGCCGAUCCAGACCACAACACUGGAGAGCCGCCCCCAUCACACAGCACCUGGAUAAGCUGUCUUUGUCCUCAGACUGCACUGAAGGACCAAUAAAUGCCAAAGCUCAGGGUAACCAUGGCCAACAGAUGCAAGUAAAUGCAGAGUUAUGUCAGUCUAAGACAGGCAGGGGUGUCUACCCAGGUGACCAGCCAGUGUGCCAGGCAGCCUUGGAAACUGAAUGUCUAAAAGAUGCUGCAGACUCUGCAGGUGGUCAUGGUCACCGUGGAAGGAGAAGGGGUCCUCACAGAUCUGUCCCAGACCCUGGGGUCCCUGGGCGUUAUUACUGGGACGGGCGAGCUUCAAGAAGCAGGGGAGGGCCCAAUAACCUGUACAGCAGAGGAGGGGGUCCCCGCCGGGGUCAUGGCAGGGGCUUCCAACACAAGGUGGUGGAGAGAGAGAGGGCUAGAGAGGAGGUGCUAUGACAAAGGGCAACAGGAGGGCCAAUGACCAAAUGUGUGUGUGCCUCCAUUAUCAGUUUGCGUAGAUUAAAGCCCUGCACCAGAAACAACAUUCAGCGUAGAAUCCUUUCCUCCUGUACAUUGCUGUUAUUCUGGUCUCUGGUAUGCACUUUUAAGCACACUGAUAUUAGAUACAGAUGGUUGUUGCUUUUUGUUGUGGUGCAAUAUGACUUAAAGAACUACAAAUUAAACGUUCUGUGGAUGUCA